AUGGGUAACCUGAAUUGCGAUGUGGCCUCCGCCCAUUUCGACUCUAAUACACGUUUACUUUGUGAAAUUUCUGAUAUAAAUGGGCUACAGCAGCUGAUAACAGAACCAACUCGUAUUACUGAGUCAUCAUCGUCUUUAAUUGAUGUAAUAUUUACAAACUGUAUUAACAGGGUAGUCUGUUCAGGAGUUUUGCAUAUUAGCAUUAGUGAUCACAGCCUCAUUUAUGUUUAUCGUAAACUAUCUCCAGAGUUUGCUUCCAAAGGGCAUUCAACUAAAACUUACAGAAUUUUAGUAAUUUCAAUCGAGAAAACUUUCGCAGGGAUAUUUCUCNGGGUAACCUGA